AUGUACAAUGCGUUUCAAUUGCUCUUUCGAUCCGCCUUUGUUAUCGAUGUAGCUGUCGGCCUGGCCACCUUAUGGGCGUUACGUGUAGCCAUCCAGGCGACUCAGAAGAAAUCUAGAACGACGAAACUAAGCGGACCAAAGAGUACUAGUCUGUUAUUCGAAGUGAGUAGAGAGUUGUUCGAAUCGCCUGAUAUGGGCGCGAUGUUCGAGGCAUGGUCCAAGGAGUACGGUGUGGCAUAUGAAGUUCCCAUGAUGGCCGGACAAAAGCAGAUCAUGGUCUGCGACCCGAAAGCGGUGGCAUAUCUCUUUGCUAGAGAUACUUGGUCAUACGUGCGCACCCCGAUCAUUACCGCGGCCACGGGACGAUGGGGAUUGCUUUGGACCGAGGGCGAGUCACACCGAAGACCCCUAGCCCCUUCGUUCAAUUCCUCUGUCAUUCAAAAGUUAAGCCUUCUUAUCUAUAAGAGCGUGCAUAGGGCAAAUAUUGAUGCGAACGGAGGCGGAAGCGUUGUCCUAGAUGUUCAGAAAUGUCUCGAUUCUGUGGGGUUUGCAGGUUUCUCCUACGACCUCGGCUCUCUCGAUGGAAAACCAAACACCAUGAUUUCACGCCGUCGGCCCCACACCGUUUUGGAUAAUGUUGUAUCCCUGAUUUCCUUCGUUUUUCCUAUGGCUAUGAAUGUGCCAACCUGGCGGAACAAGACACUUGACAAGCUCCGCCGGCGAAUGUUGGAGGUUUGUGACAUAUUGGUCGAUAAUGAAGGCGCGUCAAGUGAACAACAUUCUGCGAUCGUUAGGGCAGAAGACGAAGAUACUGGCAAACGUAUCACUCGGGAGGAAGUCUUGGCACAGAUCAGCACAUUAAUUCUUGCGUCCUAUGAAAUUACGGCAAGUACGCACUGUCCCAGUGUUGUUAGUUGUUCCUGUUAUAACGGGAUCAUCAUUUGUAAUCACCUCCGCGAAGAACUUUUGUCUUUCGGUGGAGAACCCUCGUACAACCAAUUCACCACUGGUCUCCCUUACCUCGAUGUUAUAGUGCAGGAGACUCUCCGCCUUUACCCAGCUGGCCAAGACUGGAUACGUCAGGCAGAUGAAGACGACGUGAUCCCUUUGUCAGAACCCGUGCGAACCAAGUCCGGUGAAGUGGUCGACAGCAUAGUUGUCGAACGCGGAACGGAGGUUGGCAUAUCUGUUUCCUGCAUGAACCGCUCGGAGGCGAUUUGGGGUCCAGACGCCAAAGUGUUCAGACCUGAUCGGUGGUUGGAAGCGGGCGGCGUAACGAAGAAGGCUCAGGGGGUGAAGGGUUUCCGGCACUUGCUCAUGUUUGGUGAUGGUCCGAGGACUUGUCUUGGAAAAUGGUUUGCUGUUGCUGAGAUCAAGACGAUGCUUACAGUGGUGGUCAAGAAUUUCGUACUCGAGAUGAGGGACGGGCCGGAUACGAGAGUCGAGAUAACCAGGGGAAUUACUUUGAGGCCCAAGGUCGCAGGAGAAAGUGGUAUCAAGGUGCCAUUGAGAACUAUGCCAUACGAAGGCUGA